AUGGCCGCUCUUUUGGCAUUGGCGGCGCUGCUGCCCUCCGCACUGGGACAGGCCAACACCAGCUAUGUCAAUUACUCCAUUGAAGCCAACCCCGACCUGUGGCCGCUGUGUGUGGCUACGCUGCCGCUGUCGUUUCCCAAUUGCAGCACCGGGCCCUUGAGUUCGCAGCUCAUCUGUGAUCAAUCGGCCACACCGCAUGAACGGGCCGCCAACCUCAUCUCGCUGCUCACGCUCGAGGAACUGAUUGCCAACACGGGCAACUCUGGUUUGGGGGUACCCCGACUCGGCCUCCCCCCGUACCAGGUCUGGAGUGAAGCCUUGCAUGGCCUGGACCGAGCCAACUUUACCGAUGAUGGGGCCUACGAAUGGGCGACCUCCUUCCCGCAGCCGAUUUUGACUACGGCAGCUCUCAACCGCACGCUCAUCCAUCAGAUCGCCUCGAUCAUCUCCACGCAGGGUCGCGCGUUCAACAACGCGGGUCGCUACGGCCUGGAUGUCUACGCCCCGAACAUCAACGCCUUUCGCCAUCCGGUCUGGGGUCGUGGGCAGGAGACUCCGGGAGAGGAUGUAACGUUGGCCGCGGCGUAUGCCUACGAGUACAUCACCGGCAUCCAAGGCGAUGAAUCCCAUCUGAAGCUAGCCGCCACGGCGAAACACUUUGCGGGCUACGAUCUGGAGAACUGGCACAAUCAUUCCCGACUGGGCAAUGAUGUGACCAUCUCGGCGCAAGAUCUGUCGGAAUAUUACACGCCGCAGUUUCAUGUGGCGGCUCGCGAUGCUCACGUCCACAGCGUCAUGUGUUCGUACAAUGCUGUCAACGGGGUGCCCACUUGUGCCAGCUCGUAUCUCCUUCAAACCUUGCUUCGUGACACGUUCUCCUUUGUGCCCGAUGGCUAUGUCUCGAGUGACUGUGACGCCGUGUAUAACAUCUACAACCCCCACGCUUAUGCUGCCUCCGAAGCCCAAGCCGCCGCGGAUGCUCUCCGCGCCGGGACCGACAUCGACUGCGGCACGACGUACCAAUGGCACUUUAACGAGUCCAUCGCGGCGGGGGAGAUCUCCCGUUCAGAGAUCGAGUCCGGACUCAUCCGACUAUACACGACCCUCGUCCAACUCGGCUACUUCGACCCGACCCCCUCCCCCUACCGCAGCCUCUCCUGGACGGACGUCCGCACCACCGACGCCUGGAACAUCUCCUACGAAGCCGCCGUGCAAGGCAUCGUCCUCCUCAAAAACACCCACGCCACCCUCCCCCUGACCACCCCCCCCACCAACACCUCCCUCGCCCUCAUCGGCCCCUGGGCCAACGCCACCACCCAACUCCAAGGCAACUACUACGGCACCGCGCCCUACCUCAUCAGCCCCCUCACGGCCUUCCAAUCCGCCGGGUACCCCGUCCACUUCGCCCCGGGCACCGCCAUCGCCACCACCAACACGACGGGCUUCCCCGCCGCCCUGGCCGCCGCCCACGCCGCCGACGUGAUCAUCUACGCCGGCGGCAUCGACAACACCAUCGAAGCGGAAGCCCUCGACCGCGAAUCCCUCGGCUGGCCGGGCAACCAACUCACUCUGAUCCAGGAACUCGCCACCUACGCGGGUGCCGCCCGGAAACCCCUCAUCGUGCUGCAAAUGGGCGGCGGACAGGUCGAUUCCUCCGCCUUGAAACAGAACCCGAAUGUCUCCGCUCUCCUUUGGGGCGGAUAUCCGGGCCAAUCGGGGGGGGCCGCGUUACGGGAUAUUCUCACGGGGGUGCGAGCCCCGGCGGGGCGAUUGGUCACGACGCAGUAUCCGGCGGAGUAUGCGGAAUCCUUUUCGGCCUUGGAGAUGAGUCUGCGCCCGGAUCGUGCGACGGGGAAUCCCGGGCAGACGUAUAAGUGGUAUACCGGGGAGGCGGUGUAUCCGUUUGGGUAUGGGUUGUUUUAUACGAGUUUUGAGGAAUCCUCCUCUUCUUCUUCUUCUUCUUCUUCUUCUUCUUCUUCUUCCUCCUCCACGAACGAAACGCAGACACGGAGGUAUCAUAUCCCGGAUAUCUUGGCCACUCCCCAUCCGGAGACGGUGAGUAUCACCCAAAAAGGCCUCUUCAACUUCACCGCCCACAUCACCAACACUGGAAGUAUGGCAAGUGAUUACACCGCCAUGCUCUUCGCCACGACAAGGGAUGCCGGCCCGGCGCCAUAUCCUGAGAAAUGGCUCGUCGGGUGGGAUAGGCUAGGGGGGGUGGAAGUAGGGGAAACGAGGGAGUUGCGCGUGGAAGUGCCAAUCGGGGCAUUGGCCCGCGUGGAUACGAAUGGCGAUUGGGUGGUGUAUCCGGGGCGGUAUGAGGUGGGGUUGAAUCUGGAGCGGAGGGUCGUGGUGGAGGUAGUGUUGGAGGGGGGGGAGGGGGUGGUGCUGAGGUGGCCUGUUGCAGAGGGUGCAGAGGGUGCAGAGUAG